AUGGAUUCAGCAAGUUUAUUCAAUGUCAAGGACAAAGUGGUGCUGGUCACCGGCGGCGCAAAGGGAAUUGGGCGUAUGAUUUCAGAAGGCUUCGUAGCAAACGGCGCCAAAGUCUACAUCUCCUCCCGCGACGCCUCAGCCUGCGAACAAGCCUGCAAAGAACUCAACGCCCUCGGAAAAGGCACCGCGCACUCCAUCCCCGCCGACUUCUACAAACUCGAAGACUGCACGCGCAUGAUUAACAAGCUCAAAACCCUGGAAUCAAAACUCCACAUCCUCGUCAACAACAGCGGUUCCAACUGGGGCGCCCCGUACGACGAAUUCCCCGACACAGCCUGGACGCGGGUCCUCACCCUCAAUUUGACUCGCGUCUUCACCAUCACGCAGGGCGUAACACCACUCCUCGAAGCCGGCGCCUCGCCCGGCGACCCUGCGCGUGUAAUCAACAUCGGCUCCGUCGACGGGCUGCGCGUGCCGGCGCUCGAGACGUUCAGUUACAGCGCGAGCAAAGCGGGGUUACAUCAGCUGAGUCGCGUGCUAGCGAAUCAUCUAGGGAAGCGGAAUAUCACGUCGAACACGCUGGCGUGUGGGCCGUUUGAGAGUAAGAUGAUGGCGGCGACGUUGAAGAAUUUUAAGGAGGAGAUUGUGAGCGGGAUUCCGCUGGGGAGGAUUGGGAGUCCGGAGGAUGUGGCGGGAGCGUGUUUGUUUUUGGCGAGUAGGGCGGGGAGUUAUGUUAAUGGUGCGACGAUUGCUUUGGAUGGGGGGAGUUUGGUGGGUUCGAAGUUGUAG